UUCCUUCACCUCUUGAUAGUCUCAUAACAUAUUUCAUUUCCAUCUCUUUCAUCCUCAAACCAUAAUCAGUACUAACAUCAUACAUGCAACAAAGUGGAAAACAGGAAGAAAACAUCUCAAUUAGGAUCUCUCCGGUAUGAAGUUAACGAUAACAAUCACCACGUGCUUAGUACUUAGCUUGGUGUUGCUACUACUAUCAUCCUCCAACUUCUUCAACCGCCACAAGUCUGAUUUUACAUUCACUGCAGAUAACAAGAUCAUUCAUCUUUAUGGGUCAAUUUACUUCAGCAGAAACAAAAAUCUCACUCAUCUUCUCUCUCUCUGUCAUCUUCUUAAAAAAGGUUUUAAACAACCGAGGGAGAAACUGCUAGGAGGGCUUCUUGCUACAGAGUUUGAUGAGAAAUCUUGCUUGAGUAGGUAUCAUCACCCGUCUUUGCGCAAACCUUCACCAUACAAACCAUCUGGAUAUCUUGUUGCUAAGCUUAGAAGUUACGAGAGACUUCACAAGCAUUGGGGUCCUGGCACAAAGGCUUACAAGAGAGCUACAGAGCAGCUUGGUAACAACGAUGUAAGAAGCUCUGGUGAUCAUGAAUGUCGUUAUGUAGUGUGGAUGCCUAUGUUUGGGCUGGGAAACAGAAUGCUUUCUCUGGUCUCUGUCUUCCUCUAUGCUCUCUUGACAGAGAGAAUCGUGCUUGUUGACCAACGGAAUGAUAUUCCUGACCUCUUCUGCGAGCCUUUUCCAGAGACUUCCUGGCUACUUCCUCUAGAUUUUCCAUUGACGAAUCAGUUAGAUAGCUUCAACCAGAAGCACUCGCGUUGUUACGGAACAAUGUUGAAGAAUCAUGCCAUUAACUCAACCACAAUACCGUCACAUCUUUAUCUUGAUAUUUUCCAUGAUUCCAGGGAUCAUGAUAAAAUGUUCUUCUGUGAAGGAGAUCAAGCUUUACUUGGCAAAGUCCCUUGGCUUGUCGUCAAAUCCAACCUUUACUUUGUUCCAUCUCUAUGGUUGAUCCAAGGUUUCCAAGCCGAACUCAUUAAGCUAUUCCCACAGAAAGAUACCGUCUUUCACCAUUUGGCUCGGUAUCUUUUUCACCCAACAAACAAAGUCUGGGGUAUGAUCACAAGGUCCUACGAUGCUUACUUAUCUAGAGCAGACGAGAGACUUGGGAUUCAAAUACGAGUGUUUAGCAAACCCGCUGGAUAUUUCCAGCACGUGAUGGAUCAGAUCCUAUCCUGUACACAAAGAGAGAAACUUCUACCUGAAUUGGCCACACCAGAAUCACAAGUCACUAACACAUCAUCAACAAGCCCAAAGCUGAAAGCUGUGCUGAUCACAUCUCUGCAUCCAGAGUACUCUGAAAAACUACAGAACAUGUUUUUGGAAAGACCAAAUUGGUCAGGAGAGAUCAUUGAAGUUUAUCAGCCAAGUGGAGAAAAGGUUCAACAAACAGACAAGAAGGUUCAUGACCAAAAGGCGCUAGCCGAAAUCUAUCUCCUAAGCUUAACUGAUAAACUUGUCACAAGCACAAGGUCUACCUUUGGAUACGUAGCUCAAGGCCUUGGGGGAUUAAAGCCAUGGAUACUCUACGAACCAAGGAGCCGCAUAGCUCCUGAUCCACCAUGUGUUAGGGCCAUGUCGAUGGAGCCUUGCUUUCUUAGAGCUCCUCUCCAUGGUUGUCAAGCCAAGACAAUCAAAACCACCCCUUUUGUUAGGUAUUGUGAGGAUUGGACCACAGGCCUUAAGCUAGUUGAUGUCUACGAUGAAUUUUGAUAGUAACGCUCGCUUCAUCUUCUUUUGUUAUGUUCAUCAUUGGCUUUGGACUGUAUCUUGUACACAAAGAGAGAAACUGUUACCUGAAUUUAGAAUAACAACAAACUAACAUAUCAAGAACACCUAAACUUAAAGCUGUUCUGGUCACAUCUCUGAAUCCAGACUUACAAAGAUCGGAGCCUUGGGAUUUAAGGUAUUUGAUUACCCAGAUGAUUUAUAGGGUUUUUUUCGUAGAGAACUGUAACUGUUACUCUCCAUCUUCGUUGCCCUAAAUUUAUGUAACUUCAGCUUCGCAACAAUGAAGAGAUGGUAUCUUACAUCGCCGUAUUUCGAUUUCUCUCUGAUCUCGGUGAGAUUGCCGACUAAUUAAUUUCACUGACCGCGACGACGAUUUGCAAAAUCAGUGAGUCAGAUCGCGAGUCACUUUUUCGCUA